UCAUAUUUUUUAUUUGGCUUUGAAACAGUAGCUGUAUUUGCAUAAAUGUGAAUGCUACAUUCUGUCAGAUCUGCAGCAGCCUGCUUUAUAUUACAUUUCUGAGCACAAAAGAAUGCUUUGAUUUAUUCCCCAUCCAGACUGAAUACGAUCUAAUCAUGUGAUCCACAGUGUAACCAAUUGGCAGCCGAGAGGACGGCAAGGGCAGGAGAAAAAAAUACUACCAUUUUAGGGGAGGAUGCAAGUCACUAUACCAGCCCAUCUAAGGUUUUACAGGCGCACUUAAGUGUAUUUUUAUUGAAAUAAUAAAAUAAACAUGUCGCUAACGAAUUAUUAUUCCAUAAUGGGUGUCCAAACCGAGGAGGCGUACGGUGCGCAUUUUAUCCCGGGCAGUUUGCAGGGUUCGACGGCCGGGUGCACGAAGCCUACCCGGGCAGCGGAGCAGGAGCAAGAAGAGGAGGGGACCCUGGUCUCACACAUCCCGGAUUUUUCCAAUUUUUCCAGCAAAGCGAGUCUGAAUGGCUUUUCUCCUUGGACAAACACGUCUAUCUCCACCCCGACGUCUUCCCAGCUACAAAGCGCAUCCGGUGCUUCCCUCCCUGGACUCUUUCAUCCACACCCCCUCCUGAGUCACCACCACCACUCUUACUACGGCCCACAAGCUCAGACCCACGCUGAGCACCUCGCGUCCGCGGCAGCGUCCGACAGCAGGUUCGUCCGCUGCUGGGAGGGGAUGAGCCCGGCCUCGGAGACCACUCUGUCGCAGGUUACACCCAGUUUCCCCGCAUGUCUCCCCACUCAAGGGGAACUGUCUAAUCCCAGCCCCACCUAUGACGCGGUUAAACCAGAGAGUUCGCCGCCGUCCCGCGACAGCGCCGAGGAGUCCAGCUUCGCUAACCCGGCAGAGGUGGUCCUGGAGCGGCUGGGGACGGCGAAAGAGCCCGGGAGGAAGACUGAGCCGAAGAAGGAGGACGAGGAGAGAAAUACACGACAGCAGCAGCAGCUCGACCCGGAAAAUCCAUCAGCCAGCUGGAUCCACGCCAAAUCCACUCGUAAAAAGAGGUGCCCCUACACCAAGCACCAAACCCUGGAGCUAGAAAAGGAGUUCCUCUACAACAUGUACCUGACAAGGGACCGGCGCCUGGAAGUGGCAGGACUCUUAAAUCUGACAGAGAGACAGGUGAAAAUCUGGUUCCAGAACAGGCGGAUGAAAAUGAAGAAGCUGAUGAUCCGGGAGAGGAGGAGUAUGAAUGACUGAUGGCUCUGGAGGAUAAGUAUAUAUAUAAAUAAAUAUAUUUUGUCUUUGUUUUUAUCUCCUCCAUGGGAUGGAGGUGUAGAGGGGAAGAGGUGUUGAAGCUAGCUCAUUAAACAAAACGCAGAGCCCCAUGAUGCUCAGCGUCACCUGCCCUUAAAACUGCUACAGGGGAGAUCAGGAUGCGUUGUAACACCUCAGUGCCAUCAGGCCUUCAUUUUUUAAAUCAUCAGAAAUCUCCCAUCCAUGUGUUUUACUGUGAAAACAAUCUGGAUCUGAUGUAAAUUAAAAACACAUGAAACAAUUAACACUUAAAAAAGCAAUCAAAAACUGCCUGACCUUAAAGUUGAAAUAUGUUUAACUACAGAAAUUUUCCACCAUUACCACAGACACAGAUUUUUGUCUAAUUCAAUGAGAUUUGAUUUGAUUUGUGGUAAACUGACACAAAUUAUUGCAGAAUUAUGAAGUUGAAGACAAAUUUCACAUGUUUUUUUGGUUUGUUUUGUUUUGUUAAUCCAAGUAUGAAAACAGAGGCAGCAAUUUGUUUUAAAACCUUUUAGAUCUUAAAAGUAAAAUUUCAUUUUUUUUUUCAUACCAAAUUUGAUUUCUGAUUUUAACCUUUUUCCUCUUUUUUUUCUUAAAACAAUUACAAAUAGCAUCACUCUGAAUUAUGGAGACCCAAGGAAGAAGAUUGAUAGAAAAUAAUCCAGAUUUUCUUUAAAUUGAAAUUUUCAAACACAAGAAUUUAUUUUAUUGAUAGAAUCAGUUUUUUGUCUUUACUGUUAUAUGAUGCCUGGGCGGGCAAUUAUUUAUCAUAUUUGUACAUUCAACAGCUGGUAAACACAGAAAAUGCUGACAAGAAGUAAUUUUCUGCCUUCGUUUUGGAGCACUCCAGUGUGGCGCCUAUAUGCGUUGUAUUUGGGACAUACCAAUGUUUUGUACCUCUCUGAAGAAGACAAAGGAGCAGGUAAAAAAAAAAAAAAAAACAUCCCCAUGAUGAAAACAUGGUGGUCGUAUCAUGCUUUCGGACUUCUUUUCUCCAGAUGUCCAGAGUACAAAUUCCUGCCACAUUUUCAGAUUUCCAUUUGUGAAAAAUAUUAAACACAAUCAUUUUCCAUUCCCCUUCAUAUUUAUGCACCACUUUGUGUCAGACUAGCUCAUACAAUCCCAAUCCAAAACUCUGCAGUGUGUGGUUGUGAUAAAAUACCAAUAAAGUUUAAGCUUUGUCAGGCACUAUCUCUCAUGUCUAAAACUGGAAGCACUUGAAGUAUUUUUUGACUUGAUGUAAGCUGUUCUUUCAGGAAAAAUACAACCACGAUUUAAUACUGAAUUUAUCACGCUCUUUGUAAAAUGGCUUUUAGUGCGGCAGGAAUAUAAACACCACUUACUUGAAGGCAUCUCUCCAAAAUUAGUCCCAGCAGAGCAUCAGCACCGCCUGAUGAUGGAAAAUGGGCUUAAAAACAAAUAAUAAGGUGAUACAAGGGAAAAGAGAUGACAAUUUAUUGUGAAAUAUUUUAAUAUCCCCUGUGUUUGAGUUAUCAUAUUAUGCUUCCUUCCAUUCCUGCUAUGUUUUCACAUUCAUGGGAUUCACAUGGUCACUUAGCCAAUAACACGUACAAGUCUGUUUUGUUGGUCCUGCACCACUGAAGGAUUGGUUUCAUUUGAGAAGCUGUGGUUUGUAAAUCCAUUAAGCUUCAGUGUUGGUUUCAAAUGCAGUUAGCAAAAAUAUAACAUCUAUGAGAUUAUUUUUGUUGUUUUUGUUUUGAAAAAUAAUCAACUGUGUCUGCAGAAACUCUGACCUGUCGCCCAGUAAAAACGACUUUAACAGCUGAAACUUUAAAACAAGGACUCCUGGAAGGCAUCUGCUUACAAAAAGAAACACUUUUAUCUUAAUUACAAUAGCUGCAACUAGGUUUUCAAAAUGACUUUUUGAAUACCUUUUAUGGUUUAAAUUUUCUCAAGUGACAUAAAAACACAAACAUCUGUCUAUGUUUAACAAAGUGUCUUUUUGAAGACAGAGUUAAACAAUAUCUGCAUAUCUUGAGUUUUAAGAUUCAUUUGUCAAAAAAAUAAUCAAACUUCUACAUUUUUGUAUAGAAAUGCAGUGAAUUUUUUUUUAUUAAAAACGGGUGAAAGAGUAUAUUUUAUGUAUCAGUGUGUGUGUCACACUCAGAAAAUGGAAAUGGGUUUUCCCUCUGUGUUACAGCUAACGCUGGUGUCCCUUAAAAUCAGAAGUAGAACUUUAAUCCCUUCCCUGUCUCGUUUUCUCCAAAGUGUGCAUGUUGCCUUAUAUGGACAUAUUUCCUUGUUGUUACUGUCGUUGCUAUUGUUGUCAUUGAUGCUGUUGUUGAUAUAUGAUGUCAUACCUUUAUUCCACACUCAAACACACACCAGUCAUUGCUAAGCUACAUGGCGAGACAAAAUCCUACAGCUUGGGUUUGAUGGUUUACAGAGAUUACCAUAUAUGGGAAAACCACGCACAAUCUCUCAGAUUUAGACAAUAAAGUUACAUUAUUAGGAUUGCUUUGGAAGUGAAAGGAUUAUCCUGUCAAAUACAAGAGUAAAUAUUUUCAUUUAGCCCUAGCUAGGAUUAUUUGCUUGAGUAGAUUAGAUCUGAAAGCUUCACGUUGGAGCGAGACUCUUGGUGUUUGACAGACUAAUUCUUCCGUAUAUUCUAGAUUUAUUUGAAGGAUAUUUUGUCAUGAUGAAGAGGUGGACUCAGAACAACACAAUUGUUUUCAUUUAACUGGAAGGUUCGAUCAGUAAGGCCUUCAUCUUUAAAUAUGCUGCUCAUUGUGCUUAUUUUUAAAUAAAACACAACAAUGAUCUUAUUAAAUCUGUCUCUCUCUUUUGCUUCAUCUCAUUUAUUUCUAGCAGU